AUGUUUGUUGUUUUGCUGCGUCGUUUCUCGCGAGCUGGUGCGAUCCGUCAAACGCCUGCUGCAUUCCGAUGUGAAACGUCACCGAUCAAAACAAUCGCUGCUGCUGCCGUGCGUGAAAGUUCCCGAUCCCAUCAUCACCUUAUCCAGCGAACGUUUCCCCACCUCCUUCACCACCCGAGCGUCGCCGUCAAGAUAGGUACCAGGAUGAGCUCGUCGCCCGAGGGUCAGGACGCGAUGGAGGUCUUGGCCUGCAACAGCAACCAGCUGGCGGAGGAUCUGUACGCGGCCGGCAGCAAUGCGGGCAGGCGGCAGAAGCUCGUCCACGACUACCUGAAGGUGGCCGACCGGGACGGCAAAAGCGUGACGGCCGAGUUUCCGGACGGCCUGGACUGGUUCAACGUGACGGAGCCGCUAACGCUGCAGGGAUCGCUGCGCGGCAAGGUCGUGGUGCUGGACUUCUUCACCUACUGCUGCAUCAACUGCAUGCACAUCCUGCCGAACCUGAAGCGGCUCGAGCAUCUGUACCCGAUCGAGGAGGGGCUGGCCGUGGUCGGCGUGCACAGCGCCAAGUUCCGGAACGAGAAGGACUCCGCCAACAUCCGGGCGGCGGUCGAGCGGUACGAAAUUUCGCACCCCGUCGUGAACGACAACGUGUCGGCGAUGUGGCGCAAGCUGCGCGUCCAAUGCUGGCCCACGCUGAUGAUCCUCGGACCGCGGGCCAACCCGCUGUUUGUGAUCAUGGGCGAGGGCAAUUACGAGGACCUGAAGCUGUACGUCGGCAGUGCGAUCCGGUUCUACAGGGAGAAGGGCGAGAUAAAGCGCCAUUCGCUGCCGAUCAACCUGGUCAGCAGUGGGGCGAUUGCGUCCAACAUGAAGUACCCGGGCAAGGUCGCGUGCUCCGUGCCGACCGGUGCGGGCGGCAGCGAGGAGCAACUGUUUGCCGUUUCGGAUUCGGGCAACCAUCGGGUGCUGAUCGUCGACAGUGCUGGCACGGUGCUGCACAAGGUGGGCGGCAAGCAGAGCGGCUUCGUGGACGGUAAUUUCACCAAGGCACGGUUCAACGCCCCGCAGGGUGUGGCGUUCCAGGGCACGGACGUGGUGUUUGUGGCGGACAACGAAAACCAUGCCGUGCGGCGUAUCGACCUGAAGGCGCGGCUCGUCAGCACCAUCGCUGGCAAUGGCACGCAGGGGAACGACCGCACCGGGGGGAAGGUGGGUCGAGAGCAGCUGCUGUCCUCGCCGUGGGAUGUGGCCGUGUACUCGACGCGCGAUCUGGACAUGUCGUUCCAUGCGGACGAGGCGAGCGCACCGCCGUCCAAGGACGUGCUGUUGAUAGCGAUGGCCGGCAUUCACCAGAUCUGGGCCCUCUUCCUGCAGGACACCAUCUGGUGGAAGUUCAAGAAGUACGGUGCCGGAACGUGCUGGGCUAUUGCGGGCAACGGCCACGAGCAGAACCGCAACACAUCGUACCCGCAGAGUGCGGCGUUCGCGCAACCGUCCGGGUUGGCGAUAAAUCGAACGGCGAAGGAGGUCUAUCUUGCGGACAGCGAAAGUUCGGCGAUCAGGAAAAUUUCACUUGCCGAUGGCAAAGUGAUGGCCGUGGCCGGGGGCGAUCGUAAUCCAUUGGAUCUGUUCGCUUUCGGCGAUGUGGAUGGAAAGCAGUACGGGGCCAAGUUUCAGCACCCGCUCGGUGUAGCCUACAACCCACAGGACGGCUUCAUCUACUUCGCCGAUACGUACAAUCACAAGAUUAAGAAAAUCGACGCCGCAACGAACUGUGCCACGACGUGCGAGUUCCGUGAAGCGAACGGUGCAGUUAGACGCUUCAACGAACCGGCCGGCCUGUGUUUGGACCGCUCCGGGCAGCUGCUGUACAUUGCCGACACCAACAACCACGAGCUGCUGGUGGCCAACCUUACCGACUGUACCAUCCGUCCGCUGAAGUUAAAUUUCCGCGUGCCGGAAGAGCUGGACAGUGUGGCGGGCGAAGCGGAGCAAGAAGGUCGCCGUUCCGGCACACUGACCCUGAAGCCUGCGCGUCCAAUCACAAUGCAUCCCAACGCGGGUCAGAGCUCCCUCCGGUUGACGUUUAAUUUCACCUUCCCCGAGCAAACGACCAAGCUGACCGAGGGCGCACCACAACAAUGGUCCCUGGAGCUGCCGGCCGGUGGAUGGAGUUGUGACAGUACCAAGGGCACGAUCGAUACGAAAACGCUUCAGCUGCUGAUUGCACUUCCGCCCGGGAACGACGCAACGAAUGGCAACGAACCGUCGAAUCCGGUCGCGCUUACCUUCAAGCUGAACCUCUGCGAAGGGGACAUUUGCUUCCCGAAAGAGUUUGUCGUGCUGCUGGAGGUGCAAUACUCGGCGUCCGAAGCGGGCCACCCAAAUGUGGACCGUUACGAUGCGCAGGAAACGUACGAGCUGCAGCUGUCCCGCAAAACGGUAGCGCUGCAGCAGCCCUAAGUAAGCUGCUAUUAAGCGCAUCCGGCACAACGAACAAAAGCGCUCUUUUUAAUGUUUUUACCUUCGAGUCGUAGGAUACAUCACGGGACGAUGUAGUUGCAUUUGUUAUAGUCAUUUAAUUAGUAAGAGUUGGUGGCACAUGCAGCAGCAUGUGUACCUUCCCUUGGGUGUUGCAUCUAUUGUGGUAGUUUUUUUGAUUUCGUUAAACUUUUGAUAUCUUUUUUGCCUUCAUCAAUCAUCAUCUGCAGCUGCAGCUUUACGGCUGGAUUUCAGGGAACACGAACACGAUGAACUGCACCGCACAGUGUUUCUCGAACAUGCAAUCGACAAUCUGAUGCCUCAACGACUUGCGUUCGGAUAGAUUUUCAAACAAUACAAAACCGCACUGUCGACCAAAUGGUGUCUAAAUAAAAAAAGCUUCCAAGAUAACAUAAA